AUGUUCCGCCACAGCGUCCGGCGGUUUGCGACGACGGCAGCGCGCAGAGCCGCAGCCGCGCCCGCAGCCGACCCGUCGCCGUAUACGCUCGCCGUCUCCAAGGCGCAGGGCGUGGCAAAGGGGUUGACCGGUGGCAACACGCCCCUAAUCCGGCUGAACAAGCUCUCCGCCCAAACCGGCUGCGACGUGCUCGGCAAGGCCGAGUUCAUGAACCCGGGCGGGUCGGUCAAGGACCGCGCAGCGCUAUAUGUCGUCCUCGAUGCGGAGGAGCGCGGCCUUCUAAAACCGGGCGAGCGCGGCACCGUGGUCGAGGGCACGGCGGGCAACACGGGGAUCGGACUCGCGCACGUGUGUCGUUCGCGCGGCUACGACCUGGUCAUCUACAUGCCGGACACGCAGUCGCAGGGCAAGGUCGACCUGCUGCGCCUGCUGGGCGCCGAGGUAUACCCCGUGCCCGCCGUCGCCUUCGACAACCCGCAGAACUACAACCACCAGGCGGCGCGGCACGCGGAGCGCCUGCGCAAGGAGGCACCGGGGGGAAAUGGCAAGGCGGUCUGGACGAACCAGUUCGACAACACGGCCAACCGCCGCGCGCACAUCGAGACGACGGGCCCGGAGAUCUGGGCGCAGACCAAGGGAAAAGUCGACGCCUUCACGUGCGCGACGGGCACGGCCGGCACGCUCGCGGGCGUGACGCGGUACCUGAAAGACGUCUCCAACAGCCGCGUCAAGGCGUACCUCGCGGACCCGCCCGGCAGCGUGCUGCACUCGUACAUCCAGUCGGGCGGCAAGCUAUCCGAGCGCGCCGGCGGCAGCAUCACCGAGGGCAUCGGCCAGGGCCGCAUCACGGACAACCUGGCGCCGGAUUUGGGGUUACUAGACGGCAGCCUGCACAUCGCCGACGCCAAGAGCGUCGAGAUGGUGUACCGGUGCCUCGACGAGGAGGGCCUGUACCUGGGCGCCAGCAGCGCGCUCAACGUCGUCGCCGCCAAGGAGGUCGCCGAGCUGAUGGGGCCGGGCCACACCGUCGUCACCAUGCUGUGCGACGGCGCGUAUCGGUACGCCGACCGCCUGUUCUCGCGGAAGUGGCUCGAGAGCAAAGGCCUGCUGGGGGCGAUACCGGAGCAUCUUACCAAGUACAUCGUGCUGCCGUAG